AGUGUCGGCCCUCUUCUCCGAGUUACACCGGUUUCUCUUCUCCGCCCCGCCCGAAAUCGGAAACCCCAGAUUCCCAAAUCCUCUAAUUGGCUGAUUUCGAGCUUCUUGAACAAUUUCAUCUGUUAUAGUAUGAUGAGGAGCUUAAUUGGAUACUAGCUUGAAGUAGAGUUCAGUGUAGAGGUCUUUGAGGGUUAUAAGAAGCAGCUGCAAACAUUAUAUAUCAUUUAUUUAAAAUGUCUUGUGAAAAUGUAGAACCAACUGGGGUUGGCAGCCAGAGUCAUCAAAAUGCUCUCCCUCCUAUUAGUGAAAGUUCUCCAAAUCUUGAUGAUGAUGGCGAUGGCGAUGAGGAUGCAGCAGAAGAAGGGGUGGAUGAUGAAGAGGAUGAGGAAGAGGAUGUAGAUUUCAACCCCUUUCUAAAGGAAACUCCUUCACCAGAUGCUUCUUCUAGUUUAAGCUCUGAAAUUGAGGGUUUGGAUGGGGAUGUUGACAACAGGGCAAAAAGUCACAACAUUACUGCUGGUAAUUCGUCAAAGCUUGCUAAGAGCAAGGUGCAAAGCCGUGAUAUUGAAGAUUCUGAGCAUUGCGAGGAGGAAACUGUGAUGCAAAGUGGUUCCCCUGGACUGCAAAAUACUCUUCCCAGGAAACAUAAUAAGAGAAAAUCUUCUUCUAUUGCUGAACCUGAAAGAGAAAAGGAAAACUGGUCAAGCAAGGGACUUGAUGUUAAUGAUGGUAUUGUAGGAGUGUUGAGUAAUGCAGCUCAUUCCCAAAAGCCCAUGCUGAACUUAGAUGAUGAUGAAGAUGAUGCUAUCUGCAAGCGCACUCGAGCUCGCUAUUCCCUUGCCAGUUUCACACUUGAUGAACUUGAGGCUUUUCUUCAGGAAACAGAUGAUGAUGAUGAUGUUAAAAAUGUUGAUGAUGAAGAAGAGUAUAGGAAAUUUCUUGCAGCUGUGCUACUAGGGGGAGAAGCUGACAAUCAGUCAGCCCAAGAGACUCAAAAUGUAGAUGAUGAAGAUGAGGAAAAUGAUGCAGAUUUUGAAAUAGAACUUGAAGAGGCACUUGAGAGUGAUUAUGAUGAAGGUAUAGUGGAAAAGACACAAGCAAAGCCAAAUGAUAGAAUGGGACGGCGGCCAGAGACGAGACAGAAUAGACGGCAAAAGGCAUCUGCCCAAUAUGAGAGGAAGCUUUUAGAACAGACAAAGAGGCCUUUACGUCCCCUCCUACCAAUCAUGCCUGGUGGACCACUUAUACCUAUCCCUAGUCCUAAUCAGAAAACUUGGAUGCCUGAGUUUGAAGCAAAUCGUGUGUCUUCUGCAGGAGAUGGUUUAAUAAAUGGAUUUACUCCAUAUCAGAUAGGCCAGUUGCAUUCCUUGAUACAUGAGCAUGUGCAACUUCUUAUUCAAACAUUUUCUCUUUGUGUUCUUGAUCCUUCUCGGCAAGACAUUGCGUCCCAACUUCAAGGCUUGAUUCUUGAGAUGCUUCACAAACGUGAUGAAGUAAUAGCAUGCAGAAGUAAGCCAUAUCCCAAUAUUUUAUUUAGCCCUCCAUAUCUCUGCUCAUCAGUGCCAGAAGAAGUCCCUCAAGUUGGUCCAGCACGGUGCACCUCUGAAUCAUCUACAGUUAAUGCCCAAGGAGUUUGUGCAACUCAAAAUAUCCAAAUGCCAACUCCACAAAACAUUUCUUCUAGAGGACAAGAUGGAUACGUUUCUAACAGUCAAUUGUGCCGUGCUUGGGUGCCUUCUGUACAUUGUCCAGUAUUAUCCAUUCUGGAUGUUGCUCCACUUAGCUUGGUUGGUAGAUAUAUGGACGAUGUUUAUGCUGCUGUGCGGGAGUAUCGUCAGCGUCAUGUGGAAAGUAGCUCUGAUGCUCGCAAUGAAAAGGAGCCUCUCUUUCCUCUUCCUUCAUUUUCAUCAGAGUCAGAAACUAAUAGUGAAGUGUUAAGAAGCAGUACUCUCUCAGCAGCAAAUACAGUGCCAUCAUCAGCCAGUCAACAACCAUCUAAGAAGACACUGGCUGCUACUCUUGUUGAAAGAACCAAGAAACAAUCAGUUGCUGUAGUUCCAAAGGAAAUUGCUAAGUUAGCACAAACAUUCUUUCCACUGUUCAAUCCGGCAUUAUUUCCUCAUAAGCCACCACCUUUGGCUGUUGCAAAUCGGGUUCUUUUUACUGAUGCAGAGGAUGAAUUAUUGGCCCUGGGCUUGAUGGAAUUUAACUCAGAUUGGAAGGCGAUUCAACAGCGUUUUCUUCCCUGCAAAAAUGACCAUCAGAUUUUUGUCAGGCAGAAAAACCGCUGCUCUUCAAAAGCACCUGAAAAUCCCAUUAAGGCAGUUCGGAGAAUGAAAACAUCUCCAUUGACUAUGCUAGAGAUACAGGGCAUCCAGGAGGGGCUCAAGGUUUUUAAGCUUGACUGGAUGUCUGUUUGGAAAUUCAUCGUGCCGCACAGGGAUCCAUCCUUGUUACCCCGGCAGUGGCGCAUUGCCCUUGGAACACAAAAGUCAUAUAAGCUAGAUGAAGCCAAGAAGGAGAAGCGAAGGUUAUAUGAAUUAAAAAGGAGGAAGCAGAAAGCUGAUGUGGCUAACAUGCAACAUGCCUCUGAUAAAGAGGAGUGUCAGGCUGAAUGUACUGGUGGAGAGAAUUGUAGUGGAGAUGAUAACAUGGACAAUGGAGAUGAAUCCUAUGUUCAUGAGGGAUUUUUAGCUGAUUGGAGGCCAGGAACAUUGACAAGUAUUUCUUCUGAAUGCUCUAACAUUAGAGACAAAAACCUUCCUGAUGAUCUGCUGCCACAGGGUGAUCACAUCAGACAACAACCAAAUAUUGCCGUAGUGGGAAGAGCCCUGACUGGCAAUGUACAUGGGUCUCCAUAUGCAUUAAACUAUUCCCAGCAUCCCUACACCUUGUCCCAUUGUGCCUCUAACACCUUGCAGCCAAGCAAUCCAGUUCCUAGUAUGACAUGGAAUUCCUCCAAAUCUCAAAUCCAUUUACGUCCCUAUAGGGCUCGUAAAUCUAAUCCACAUGUAGUGAAACUAGCACCCGACUUACCCCCUGUGAAUCUUCCACCCUCUGUUCGUGUAAUCCCCAAGUCAGCUCUUGAAAUCAGUCAGCAUGGAGCCUAUAACAAGGUAUCUGCCUCUGGAGCUCGUGGUAUUAAUUCGCUGGCAGGAAAUAUGGUACUUCCACAUCCUCAACAUCAAAGGCCAGCAACCAGCUAUUCAGUAAAAGUUACAAGAGAUACAGCUAAUUCAGCGAAGGAAAAAGUUACAAAUUCUUGUGCAGAAUCUGGGGUUGGGAAGGAGAGAUGUGUUGAUGAAAGAAGCAAUGAUUCAGAUCUUCAUAUGCAUCCUUUGCUGUUCCAGAACCCUGAAGAUGGACGACUGCCAUAUUAUCCAUUAAAUGCUGGCACUGGUGCAUCUAGUUCAUUCAGUUUCUUUUCUGGGAGUCAGCCUCAACUGAACCUUAGUCUCUUUUAUAAUCCCCAGGUAGCCAACCAUGUUGUCAAUGGUUUAAAUAAAUCUUUAAGGAUGAAGGAAUCUUCUUCAGCAGCAUAUGGCAUUGAAUUCCAUCCACUAUUGCAAAGGACUGAUGACACGAAUAAUGAACUACAGACUGCAUGCGUAACUGCACGACAUCCAUCUGUUGGUUUGGAAGGCAAGUCUGCUCAACUCCAAAGUCCUUCCAAUGAUGUUCAGACAAAGACAAUAGUCCAUUGUUCCCCAGUUCGGAUGGGCUCUAGACCUUCCAGCCCUAAAGAGAAAAUUAAUGAACUAGACUUGGAGAUCCAUCUCAGUUCUUCAUCCACAAAGGAAAAUAUUGUUGUAAGUAGGCAAGUGACUGCACAUCCAACAAGGUUAAUCGCUAGUUUACGGAAUCCUGAGAAUGCAAUAGAGACUGGUGACACUGCUGGUCUAUCCAGUGAUAAUCCUGAUUCAAAUAUCCAUGCAUCAGUUGCACCGAGCAAAGAGAUUGGUAAAUGCAACAUUGAUGAUACAAGUGACCAUUCUCAUCCAGGUAUUGUGAUGGAACAGGAGGAGUUAAGUGAUUCUGAUGAAGAGGUUGAAGAACAUGUGGAAUUUGAAUGUGAGGAAAUGACUGAUUCUGAUGGAGAGGAAGGUUCAGGCUCUGAGCAAAUUGCUGAGGUGCAAGAUAAGGAAGGCCCUAGUUUUUUGACAGAAAAGGUUGCAACAGAUGCUGAUGGUGAUGAUCAGCAAUUGGGGGUAAAUACUCCUGGUCGCUCUAAAGGCAAAUUUUUUGUCCCCAGACAGCAAACCCCACCUUUCUUAAAGUUGGGAUUGGCACACCCAAGGAAGGAUACAAGUAAUUCAUGGCUGAGCUUAGAUUCAUGCACAGCAACUCCCACAUCACACUCAAAGCCUAAGAAUGAAGGGAGUACAACAAAAAAGGGUCCUGCUGCAAAAAAUUUGAUAUCAAAUCGCUCAAGUAGAUCCUCCAAGCAGAAAUCACCAACUGUGAAAAAGCUGCGGGAGCAUGAUAUAGACAUGGCAGAACGGCUUAGCCUGGGUCCUCUUUCUAUUCGAACAUUGAGGAAACCGCGGAAGCGUGCAAGUCGGGCUAACACUGGUUUGAACAUUGGAAUGAAUAUGGAAAGCUCCAAAAAUGAUGUUAAAGAAGAUGUUUAGGUGAUUCAUCUGAACUGGCUGCUCAUUUCCCUCUGGAUGCGCAACCUAGUCAGCAUAUUAGAUGUUAAACUCAAAGCUAAGAUAUUCCUGAGGCAUGGAUGGUUGAUCCCUUGCCGGGAAGUUUUGGAAACUUGCUUUGUGCAACGUCUUUGAGGAAGCUCCUGCUCUCUAGGCUCUUCACGGCUUAACCCCACUUCUGUCUCAUUGUAUAUAACCUUUUUCUGCAUUCUGGAUUCUGGUGUAUAUGGUUGGUAUAUAGGCCAUUUAAAUGGAAAU